CAAAUUCGAACCCCAAAUCUCUGUUUAUUAUUUAUCUCCGGAAUGCCAUUCCUAAUUUGCCUCAAACUUUCUCUCUCUAAAAAUUAUUCAUAUACACCUUUCUUUUCCCCUAAAUAUCCUCUCUACGAUUCCGUUUGAUUACCAUCUCAAUCUUCUCCGAUCAAUCGGUCAAUCCCCUGCGGCCAUGGUUAGUCCAUUCGAAACACAUUCAUCUAUAGCAAACGCGGCGUCUGGAAUGGCGGUGCAUGAUGAAUGCAAGCUGAAAUUCAUGGAGCUGAAAGCAAAAAGAAGCUUUCGCUUCAUUGUUUUCAAGAUCGAGGAAAAACAAAAACAAGUAAUUGUGGAAAAAGUUGGUGAUCCAAAUCGAAGCCAUGAAGAUUUUGCUGCUUGUCUUCCUGAUUCCGAGUGUCGAUAUGCUGUUUUUGACUAUGACUUUGUCACUCAAGAGAAUUGCCAAAAAAGCAGGAUCUUUUUCAUUGCAUGGUCUCCUGAUACUGCGAGGGUGAGGAGCAAGAUGAUUUAUGCAAGCUCAAAGGACAGAUUCAAGAGGGAACUUGAUGGGAUUCAAGUGGAGCUUCAAGCAACUGAUCCAACAGAGAUGGAUCUUGAUGUGUUCAAAAGCCGAGCCAAUUAACAAUUAGAAAAAGUAAAUGACUUUUGAUCGUUUAUUGGUUGGUUUAUUAGAGAAGAGAAGAGAUGUUAAUAUUUUGGUUGGGUUAUAAGGUGUUGUUAUGAUGGUUUGUUGUUAAAAAGUCUUAUUGAUGUUGUUUUUGGGAUUUUGGGUGAUAUUUUGUCAGAUUUGAUAUUUGAUCUUUCACAUAGUGAAAGCCUUGUAACUGA